GUUUGGUGGAGCUCAAGUUUCCAGUAACGUUGUUGUUUUUCUAGUUUGUGGUAUGACUGACGGUACAAGGCUCCGUCAAACAUGGCAGGAAGCACUGGAUGGUGCUGAAGCCACUUUCCGCCAGCUCCUUAAUUCCCAUUCCUCGUCGGAAUGGAAACAUAUUUCCUUAGCGAGCGACUCAUCCUCGCCAGGCAAAGGAAAGUCACGCGCCUCCUCAAAUCCCGAGCUCACCGACGUCGCCGUGCACCGCAAAGCCAUCAAGUCGGGCGAGAACGUGUACAGAGUUGUCCUCGAUGUCCCAAUUACCGACCAGUCCGCUUCUCUCGAUGCAUGGAAGGCCGUCAUCACCACACCGGAACUUAGACAGGAGUGGGACCCCGCAGUUGAAAGCGCGCAUUUGGUGGAGAUGUUCGAUCGCCAGACACGAAUAUCCAAGACUAAUUUUACGCUUGGUUGGCCUGCCAAUCCACGAGAUACUGUAACGAUUUCACGCCUCUACCAAGAUACAUCCACGAUAAUAGAUAUUUCCACCUCAUUACCACGCUCAUCUGAUGAGCCAGCGUAUUUGAGGCCGUCCCCUCCCUACGUCAGAUCACAUGUUGCAUUGUUCGCUUGGUGUAUUCAGUAUGUUCAACCAUCCCCAGCACCACAGCCCAACUCUCCGGCCGGUCAAAUCAAGAGGCGUAUGUCGGCAUAUAUAGCGCAGCCACGUCUUCGCAUUACGUGUUUCUGGCAGCACGACCUUCGCGCUAUCUGGAAUUUUGGCUCUGCUUCUAGUGUGUGCCAACAGCUGUGCACGAUGAUGCUGGGUCUGUAUAAGACCGUCUUAGCACGUGGCUCGCGCAUACCGGUGCUUGCGGGACAUGGAUAUGGGGUCAGCAUUGAGAAAAUACGGUUCCAACUCGACAGGCAGGCACUUGCCAUUGAAUAUGUGAUACACACAGAGGAAGAAGACCACACAGCGGAGACAGGUCAGGGGCUAGACGUCAUUAAGGAACACAGGCGCCUCGUGCGCUCGCUUGAAUGUGUCCUUCCUUCGAAUGAAGGGUGGGAUGUACAACUAACUGUGAAAGGCUCCUCUCAGAAGGUCGAGAGUCUCCCCUGGAACGCCACUGCCUUGCGGCAGAAACCUUCUUCUCCCGUCGCGGGGAGUAAACCACCGGAACUCACGGUUCUCCGUAUAUCUCACGCGCCCCUCCCAGACGAUCAUUCUAUAAUCAAAGUUCGCGCGGUUAUAGAACUCUCUGCACCAUCCAGCGGAAUCAGGCUGAAUGGGCUUCCUCAGACCAUUCAGGUUGUAGAAGAGCGCGAUCCAUUGUCUUUCGUACAGCAACAGCAACAACAGCAGAUCCUGCAAGAUGCCACUAGUGCUGCGGAUGUGAGCUUUCAGACGACGUCUUCAGUGAGCUCUGUUGCAUCGAGCUCCACAGCGCCUACAAGACCCCAGCUGGCGCGGUCAUUGACUGAGCGACCUGCAGCAGCGGAGAAAACGAUAUUGUCGCGCGUGAAAAGGAGUUAUAUAUACUUCUCGUCCCUAUUGCAGGAGCCAGAAGCGAAGUGGAAGCGGACUACGGAAGCACGUGGGGUGUCAGUCACUCAAUUAGAUUCUAUCGAUCCGACCCUGGUGGUGUAUAGAGCCGAAGCUACCUUUGUUGGCCUUGGAUUAUGGGAUUUGUACGGCGCGUUGGUUUCGCCUGGUGCCAGGGUUUUCUGGGACAAGCAACACGAGGAUGCAGUGCUACUCGAAGAUGUGAACGAGCUAACGCAACUGUGGCAUUUCAAGACCAAACCUGCAUGGCCCGUACAGGGUCGAGACACCGUUCUCUUGAAAACCGUCUAUAAAUCUCCCACCACAAUCCACGUCUUCUCAUUCUCAGCCGAUGAUCCAUACUUGUUCCCUUCUAUCCCUCCUCAAGACCCAACUCUCAUUCGUACGCAGGUCGAUCUACUAGGAUGGGCCAUCGAAACACUCUCUCCGAAUACCACCCAGCUCACCUUGCUCGAGCAAUCAGAUCCCAAAGGAUGGUCGAACAAAGCGGGCAUCCCACAGUCCAUGAUCUCUUCGCUCGCUGGCGUUGGUGACUUUGUCAUCAAAUGCGGUGGUCCCCCAGUAGUGACACGUCUUGCGGGUGCGAAAGCUAACGAGAUGAGAUAUGAUCAUGAGAGGGGUGCCUUCCGGGUCGAGUACGAAGGCUCGGAGAGUCGUCGGUCACCCACCACCAUUCCCGAAGAUCCGGCAAAUGAAUCAGCCGUGUCCACCAACUCUCGCACGAUGCAUACGAUCGAGUGUGAGAUCCGUUGUGACAUGGACACGUGGGCAUCUGCGCUUGACGUUGUCGUGGACCCCCCUCCGCAUAGUGUUUCCGCUCUGCGUCGUCAUAGACUAUCUGCGGGUGGAGGAGGGCUAUGGCUCACGCUCACGCACGAUGCUCUGUUCGCUGCAGAUGAAAGGCUUCUCGCUAUCGUACGCCGCGGGCCGAUGGGAUCCGGGAAAGAUAAGGGUAUCGUGAUGGUCAAUGGGGCACGUGUCACCGUCGAUGUCGAAGAACUUCCUGAGCAGGAGAUCAAAGCACUUGCGAAGCGCAAACGCAUCAAGCCUUUACGUAUUCCGCUAGACCAGCCCCCAGUCGUGGGCGUCAUUCGACGACGGCGGGCAGAGUGGGACGCAGAUGGCGACUCUCCGAGUUCAGAAUCCACCCCCAGAAGUUUAUCACCUGAGCCACUCGAGUCUGCGAAGCCUUCAUCAACGUGGUUAACGUCUCCAAAGUUCUCGAGUCCGCUUGCCAGCUUUUGGUCGACUGCGGUGGAAUCGGCGACAAAUACGACCCAGCAAGCCGUUGCUGCAAUGGCUCCUGGAGAUGGAGGUGCUCCGUCUGCAUCACGAGCUCCUAUGCAACAUGCUGCGGAAGCUUUGCAAUGGAUGCGAGAUCUGCAGUGCGGUGGUCCUGAUGCAAAAGCUGGGUGGACAGCGCUGGCGGACAAGGCUAUCUCAGUUCACCGCAAACUACUCCCAGACAUCUCGCCCUCCAUCCCAGUGCACAAGGGCGAAAAAGUCAUUGAAGGAGUCUCCGCAGAAGAGGUUGCUGCCGUUGUGACCAACUAUGAGUGUCGCAAGCAGUGGGAUGUCCGAUUCGCUUCAGCCUCGAUUUUGGAGAGGUUUGGAUCGAAAUGCCAUACUGCGUUUGUGGUGUCCAAGGGAGGGUUUCCUUUUCGUGACCGCGGGUUCUUCCAGGCGUCUAUCAUGGCUCGCUCCAGGCUUCCACUUUCAAGUUUAGACGUUACGCCGGGAGAGACGGGUCCCUCGCAAGAUGCUCGCUCUGUCAUAUUUUGCGUAUCAGCAUCUUUCAGCCCGGAUUCGGUUGCAUCAUAUUCGCCAUCCAAGUACAACCCGUAUGCAUUGCCCAUUGGGCGGACGUAUAUCGAUGGUUGGAUGUUUGAGACCCUUGAUCCAUAUACAAAGGAGAACUACGCCAUUCCAUCAACGCGGUGCACCAGAGUCGUUGCGGUGGACUGCGCAGGAUCCAUACCAGUAGCAGUGAACUCGCUGAUCAAUAGCGCCCUCCCCAAGUCGAUACUUGCGGUGGAGACCUACCUGAAGGGUAAUUCACCCAUGCCAUAUACGAGGCUUCCAGCAGCAGGUGUUGUUCUGGCAGAACAGAAGAGCGGCACGGGAGUCAAUGCGCCAUCUUGGAGACUAAGGAAGAAGGACGACAAUCGGAGGUUGAUCGUUUCGACUUUCAACCCUCUGAAUCGAACUCAUUGCAGUGUUUUGCUGCUCACGCUGGCCAAUAUCACAUCGAGUAGAACUGAUGAAACCACUCCUAGGCCGAGCAGAGCGGGUCUCGCUCUUAGUCCCGCUCCUGAUGCUAGAGCGAGUCCAGUAGACAUUCCUACAUCUCCUUCGAUCCCAUCACAUGUGCCAAAUCCUCGCAGGACAUCCUCUGCCUCUGUGGAGCCCUUGAAGCCAUCUUCUUCUGCGUUUACGUUGAAAGGCGAAAUCAGACAUUCCACAGAUCUCCUCGUCGCUGAGAUUGUCGUAGACUCGAAGCUCUAUCCUGAGGGCUACGAAGUACUCAUUAUAUCUCGUCCCCGAGACAACACGAAGUUCAUAUCCGUGGAAUCGGACACAAGUUCAGAUUCGACCGACCUGCCUAUCAGUUCGAACGUAUACACCAUCCCUGCUUCACCGCUACACUCAUCAGGGUUGAAUGCUGAUCGGCCACCGCGGCAUCUCUUAAGGUUAACUUUGCCCACGGCGCAGUACCAGGUGUCGACAGUAAAAGAUCCGCUUACAGGGGAGACCAGGAGUGCACCUCCCAAGCCGCAGUGGUUUAAUGAUUUGCAUGAAAGAGGGUUUGUGGUGCGGGUGGAGAUUAAGCCUGUCGUAACGUCUGCUUUGGGUGCCAAGAAGGGUGACGGUGGCGUGGCGGUCAAGGUUGGUGGUGCCAAUAUCGGGAUUGCGAGUGAGAAGGAGUCAUUAACAGCGCUUGGGCGUGAUGAGCUUCAGGAUGACCGAGUCUCUCGUAUGCCUGUACUGCAAAGAUCCGCAGACGACGGAGACUCGUUCCCCGACGAACUCAAGGUGCCCCUGUCCCGUGCGGAUGAUCUCCUUGAUAACGGCGCUAUCAUCCCUGCCACCGAUAUCAACGAAGAUCCGGAAGCACCAGAGGAGAAUGGGCCAAAGGCGGAAGUGAUCGAGAAUGGACCUUCAUUGGAUGCCCCGGAGCAUGGAACAGUUUUGCAGGUUCUGCCGCAGCCACCAUCAAGUGGUGGAUUAUUUGGAUUCCUAAACGCUUAUCCUAAUCCGCUAUCUCGCUGGGCGUCUUCGCCUACCAAGGACCCUGUUUCACUAGUUCCAUCACUGCCUGGUGGGUUGACGAGUACGGAGACGGAUGCCACGAGUCCCCCAGUGACAACCAGCAUUGUUCGAAUACCGACGACAUACCCGUUGUCGACUGUUCUAAUCAUAGCACUAAUCGCCUUCUUAAUUGGAUCGUUGCUGCGAUCGCUUCUCUCACCUGCAGACUUCAUUUACGUGGUAACAGAUCUCCAGGAUGCCGAGGAGGGGAGUGCGGGGUGGCGGGAGAUCAGACGGUUAUUGGAGGUGAAGUAUAUUGUUGGUGGAUGGGAUUUUCAGAUUGCUGUUGUUCGUAGGCAUUGAGUUAAUAUUGUGUAGUGUUAAGGCGUGUAUCAUAUGUUCUAACGUAUUGUAGAGUAAUGGCAAGGAAGUGGAAAGUAGACCGGUCAAGUCAUGACGAGCAUGCGGCA